AUGAAUAAUUUAGGGUGUCCGGUGCAAUUUACUCUGUUUUUAAAAUACUUUUACACCCAGCACCUCGUUACACUCGGUCGUGCAGCCCAGCCACCGUCGGCCUCCGUCGCGAAACCCAGCACCCAGCCGGCCUCUUCGCGCGAAACCCAGCGUCGCACACCGCCCCCUCCGUCUCAGAGCCCUCCUUUGUGGCUCGCCUCCCCUCCGUUUCUCGCCGUGGCAGUCGCCCCUCUAACCCCCGAUUCGAGCUUAGAGUGAGAAGGGUGGAGACAGAUGGAGAGAGAGAGACAGAUCAAGAUUUAAUAAAUUGUCUAGUCGUCUUUCUCAAUAAGAACUCGUUCCUUCUUCAAAGUUACCGAAUCGCCGUGGCUUCACCGCUUAUCUCCGACUUCGUAAAAUCUCCUUUUCCACUACGCGAUCGGUUUUGGCAUGCAGCAAGAUCUGCGAAUUUUGAUGAGUGUAUGGUAAAAGUACGAAUUGCGUGAUCAGUUCGCAGAUUGAUUAGAGGCAAUUUGAGCAAUGGACAAGUCUAGCGCUUUGGAGUACAUAAACCAGAUGUUCCCCACAGAGGCAUCUUUGUCUGGGGUUGAGCCGCUUAUGCAAAAGAUUCAUAAUGAGAUUCGACGGGUGGAUGCUGAAAUUUUAGCUGCCGUUCGUCAGCAGAGUAAUUCAGGAACUAAAGCGAAGGAAGAUCUUGCUGCUGCUACACGUGCUGUUGAGGAACUCAUGUAUAAAAUCCGGGAAAUCAAAACCAAAGCUGAGCAAAGCGAGACAAUGGUUCAGGAAAUAUGUCGUGAUAUAAAGAAGCUGGACUUUGCAAAGAAGCAUAUAACAACAACAAUUACUGCUCUUCAUCGUCUCACCAUGCUAGUCUCUGCUGUUGAGCAGCUCCAAGUAAUGGCUUCAAAACGACAAUACAAGGAGGCAGCUGCACAAUUGGAGGCUGUGAACCAACUAUGCAGUCAUUUUGAAGCAUAUAGGGAUAUUCCAAAAAUCACAGAGCUCCGAGAGAAAUUUAAGAAUAUCAAACAAAUACUUAAGUCACAUGUGUUUUCUGAUUUCUCAAGCUUAGGUACUGGAAAGGAGACAGAAGAAACUAAUCUACUCCAGCAAUUAUCUAAUGCUUGCUUAGUUGUUGAUGCUUUAGAGCCAUCGGUUAGAGAAGAGUUGGUAAAUAAUUUUUGCAGCAGGGAAUUCACGUCUUAUGAACAGAUCUUUGAAGGAGCUGAACUUGCUAAGUUGGAUAAAACUGAACGAAGAUAUGCAUGGAUCAAACGGCGAAUAAGAACAAAUGAAGAAAUCUGGAAGAUUUUUCCUUCUUCAUGGCAUGUUCCGUAUCGACUCUGUAUUCAGUUUUGUAAAAAGACAAGGAAACAACUGGAGGAAAUCCUUUCUAAUCUGAAAGAAAAGCCAGAUGUUGGGACAUUAUUGUUGGCUUUGCAGCGAACUCUAGAGUUUGAGGACGAAUUGGCAGAGAAAUUUGGGGGUGGUACUCACGGAAAAGAGACCAGGAAUGAUAUUGAGGAAAUUGGUGGAGGGGAAAGUACUGGUCAAAAUGUGUCAGAUAUCCGCAAAAAGUAUGAAAAAAAGCUUGCAGCAUAUCAGGGAAACGGUGCUGAGGAAAAGGAUGGCAACAAAGAACUGUCGGCACCUGGAGCUGGGUUCAACUUUCGAGGAAUCAUUUCAUCUUGCUUUGAACGUCACUUGACAGUAUAUAUAGAGCUAGAAGAGAAGACGCUAAUGGAAAACAUAGAGAAGCUUGUUCAGGAGGAGACAUGGGAUAUUGAGGAGGGAAGUCAAAAUAAUGUUUUAUCAAGCAGCAUGCAGUUGUUCCUUAUAAUCAAGAGAAGUUUGAAGAGAUGUACGGCUUUAACAAAGAACCAAACAUUGCUUAAUUUGUUCAAGGUAUUUCAACGAGUUCUCAAGGCAUAUGCUACAAAGCUUUUUGCAAGAUUACCUAAGGGUGGCACAGGAAUUGUUGCAGCAGCAACGGGGGUGGAUGGACAGAUAAAGACAUCUGAUAGAGAUGAAAGAGUGAUUUGCUAUAUAGUCAAUUCAGCUGAGUAUUGCCAUAAGACGUCUGGUGAACUCGCUGAAAGCGUGUCCAAAAUAAUCGACUCACAUUUAGCUGAGAUGGUGGAUAUGUCAGAAGUUCAGGAUGAGUUUUCAGCGGUGAUAACUAGAUCAUUAGUAACCCUGGUGCAUGGCCUGGAGACGAAAUUUGAUGCUGAAAUGGCUGCAAUGACUCGUGUUCCAUGGAGUACGCUUGAGAAUGUUGGGGACCAAUCAGAGUAUGUUAAUGCCAUAAAUAUGAUUCUUACUAGUAGUAUUCCUGUGCUUGGUCGCCUCCUUUCACCAGUUUAUUUCCAGUUCUUCCUGGACAAGCUUGCUUCUUCUCUUGGUCCACGUUUCUAUGCAAACAUUUUCAAAUGCAAGCAGAUAUCUGAAACUGGAGCCCAACAAAUGUUAUUGGAUACUCAAGCUGUAAAGACAAUUCUUUUGGAAAUACCUUCCCUUGGUCGACAGACAUCAGGUGCUGCUAGCUAUUCAAAGUUUGUUAGCCGUGAGAUGAGUAAAGCUGAAGCACUUUUGAAGGUUAUAUUGUCACCAAUUGAUUCUGUGGCGGAUACAUAUAGAGCAUUGCUACCAGAGGGAACCCCGAUGGAAUUUCAGCGGAUUCUGGAGCUCAAGGGUCUUAAAAAAGCUGAUCAACAAAGCAUACUGGAUGAUUUCAACAAACAUGGACCGGGGAUUACACAACCUUCUAUAGCACCAGUUGUUGCCACCACUGUCCAACCAGCUCCAGCUGCGGCUUCUCUAAUACCCAGCUCUGCUUCAAUUGGAUUAAUUGCUUCCAGAGAGGAUGUGCUAGCACGAGCAGCUGCACUUGGACGAGGUGCUGCCACAACGGGUUUCAAGAGGUUCCUUGCCCUCACUGAAGCUGCAAAGGACCGGAAGGAUGGACCUUUCAGGAAGCUCUUCAAUGCAUGACAGUGUGAGACUCAAAACUGUAACUAUUUUUCCUUCGGUUUUUGAAAAUUUUGUGCUUUUUUCCUUUCCCCGGUGGGUUUUGGAUACAAAAAAUUAGAUUGUUGUAUAUUAUUACACCAAUAGUCGAAUAAGAAAUUCCUUUUGUUCCUUAUGGUCUUCAACUAACCGGAUGUCUCGCCUGGGACGUGCGCCACUUCGUUGGGAUGCUUAUUCAAGUCCUCUUUUAAUUGUACCAUCAUAGCUGAAUUUUCUUCAAAAAUCUGAAGUAGCAACUAUUUGUACUCAACCAAGUCAAUUUAUAGUCAUAAUAGACAUA